GCCGCUGAAAGACAGCUUUUCGGCGGCGCCCGGCGAGAGGCGCGAGGGGAGUCUGACGCGGGCUCGUCGGUCUCUCCGGUGGGGAAGCCGGCGUCGAGAGGAGACGAGCCCGAGCGGGGCCUGGCCUGUUGGGGCCUCCGCCAGCCGCGGGACCGCGCCAGGCAGCCGCCGCCUCGUCCCACUUCUCCCCUGAGGCGCCGCGCGGCCGGGCAGCGGAUCCAGGCCUCGGCCGGCGCCGGGCCUCCGGGGCCCUCCCGGGCUCAGCAUGCCCGGGGUGAAGCUGACCACCCAGGCCUACUGCAAGAUGGUGCUGCACGGCGCCAAGUACCCACACUGCGCCGUUAACGGGCUGCUGGUGGCCGAGAAGCAGAAGCCGCGCAAGGAGCACGUUCCUCUGGGCGGCCCGGGUGCCCACCACACCCUCUUCGUGGACUGUAUACCCCUCUUCCACGGCACCCUGGCCCUCGCCCCCAUGCUGGAGGUGGCCCUCACCCUGAUUGAUUCAUGGUGCAAAGAUAAUAGCUAUGUGAUUGCUGGCUAUUACCAAGCUAACGAACGAGUAAAGGAUGCCAGUCCAAACCAGGUUGCAGAAAAGGUGGCCUCCAGAAUCGCCGAGGGCUUCAGCGACACGGCUCUCAUCAUGGUAGACAACACUAAGUUCACGAUGGACUGUGUGGUACCCACAAUCCAUGUGUACGAACACCACGAAAACAAAUGGCGCUGCAGAGACCCUCACUAUGAUUACUGUGAAGACUGGCCAGAGGCCCAGCGGAUCUCGGCGUCACUCCUGGACAGCCGGUCCUAUGACGCGCUCGUGGAUUUUGACAGCCACCUGGAUGACAUCCGGAACGACUGGACAAACCCAGAGAUCAAUCGGGCUGUGCUGCACCUGUGUUAGGGGGGCUCCGGGGGCCGCUCUCCGGGCGUUUCCACUACACUGAAGAAGAAAAGCUAUCUUAAAAUGGAAAGAAAGUCUCUCAUAGCCUGUGUGGAAAGCCGGCAGUGUUCAGGAGCGGCCCGUGUGCCUUGAGAGAGGGCACAGUGUCCCAUCAGUCACCUUUCCAAUGCAGAGCCUCGAGGACAGGCGUAGACUGUCCCAUCUCACCAUCCCUGUGGAGUCCUUCCCAGUUGUACGUUGCUAUAAUUCUUCAAAUCAGAGCUAUUUCUGCUUGUCCAAGAUUGUUCCUAUUAAAUAAUUUUAACUAACCUUU